CAAGCUGAUGAAGUCAGAGGAGGACCUGCCGCCUCUGACCCGCCAGCGCAGCAACACGCUGCCCAAAAGCUUCGGCUCUCAGCUGGAGAAGAAACCUCAGCAGGAGAAGGCGCCCAACCCGCCGGUGGAGAGCACGCUGGAGACCAUUCUGAAGAAGCUGCAGGAGAAGAGGGAGGAGGUGAACCGCCCCGAGGACAUCAAGGAUAUGACACGGGAGCAGAUCGGAGGAGAGAAAGUCGCCCUGCAGAAAGCUCUUCUCUACUACGAGAGCAUACACGGCCGACCAGUGACCAAAAGCGAGAGGCAGAUCAUGAAACCGCUGUACGACAGAUACCGCCUGGUGAAGCAGAUCCUGUGCAGAGCCUCCACCAUCCCCGUCAUAGGCUCUCCCUCCAGCAAGCGCAGAGGUCCCCUCCUUCAGCCCAUUAUCGAGGGUGAAACCGCACUUUUCUUCGAUGACAUCAAGGAGGAGGAAGACGGCUCGGAGGACGACGGAGACUCGAAGACUCAGUUCACCGUGACCGUCCGACCCGACCUCAGCGUGCUCGGCUUCCUGGACCACAUGGAGGAGGAAGUGGACGGUUUCAUCUCACCCGUGGAUGAACUCUCGCCCUCCAAGAACACGACGGACAUGAGGCUGUCCAACCUGCACUCGGCCACCACGCGGGAACUUCUGGAGCAGCUCCAGGAGACGAGGGAGGACAAAAAGAGGAUCCGCAAGAACCUGAAAGAGUUCGAGGAGCAGUUUUUCAGGCAAAACGGAAGAAACGUCCAGAAGGAGGACCGCUCCCCGCUGGCAGUGGAGUACAACGAAUACAAGCACAUUAAAGCCAAGCUGCGGCUGCUGGAAGUCCUCAUCAGCAAAAGAGACUCCACUAAGUUCAUCUGAGAAUAAAGGACUCUAAGAGGACUCGGUCUCCAGUCGAACACAUCUCACUCUGCUGGGGAAUUUAAAAAAACAUCGGCUUCUCAUUGUCGCUGCUCUGGAAACAGCCCACCUGUAAGCCUGUUAAUCCGUUCCGUCGAGCACAGCGGUGUUUUCCUCCGACGCCCGCGGAGAACCGGCGACCCGCGACUGAUUUAAGCGACACCAAGUCACCUGCUUCACCUGAAAUCUUCGGGUUUUUUUCCCCACCGGACCUCACCUUAAAGCAACACGCACAAAUAACCCCAAUCACUCUUGUAUCGCUGAUAAUUUAUUUCUAUCCUGUUGAGAGUUUUUAACAGAAAUGUUAUUUUUCCUCGAGCUUAACUGUAGAAGUCUUAAAAAAAAACCACAAACCUUGGUAAUUAAAAUAAUAGAUAUAAUGCUAUUUUUGAAGAAGGACUUUGUGAUUAAGAUGUUUGUGUAUUUUUGUAAGGGAGACGUUACUAUUUGUAUCAGUAUUCACUUAAUGAGUAGUUUGAAAUGAUCUCGUGUUGCUUCUCUAGAAGUCCAAUCAAACACUUGCUCACGAAAAGAAGUGUUUUUCCUCUCGUUCACUACAACCCAAAGACAGCAAACAGCGAACCAAAAAGGCUCAAAUGUUCAUCUCGUCCAGUAAAACGGCUUCCUUUUGUGACCACUGGUACCAUGUUCAGCAUUCGACUGUAUAUUUUCUGCUUUUCCCCACAUUUACUUCACGUCUAAUAAGCUAUUCUCGUCGUUGAAUCACUGGUAUGUGUGUAACACUGACAAGGCCAUUAGCGGGGCAGGAAUGGUCGCUAAAAGCCGCGGUGUUUCCUCCUCAUCUGUUCUGUUGUAAAUAUGGAUGUUUGUUUACAUUUCUGUGAGCGUACUUCUUCCUCUCUUUCUCCAAAAUGGAUGAUUAUCAGUUUGAGUUUUGUUUUUACUGAAUGUAAACACUGGCCAGGCUUAAGGAAUUUUGAGUGUGUACAUUUUAGUACAUAAAUUGUAUUUUGUAUAUAACAUGAAUGAAAUCAUAUUUUUACUGACA